UCUAGUGGGCGUUACAAUGUGGCUACCACUAACAUUGUCGUUUUUUAUUGCGAUGGCAACUGCUGAGCAAGUAUACCAAUCAUGUGCAGACGAGUGGCUAAAGUCUGACAACGAUUGGAAGCAUCACAUCCUGUGCAAAGUUUCUAUCUUCGAUGUUCGAGAUCGAGGAGACGCACCACUACCAUCCAUGAACGACUUUGUGGGUUGUACGUUCGUCAAAGCAGGUUGGAUGGACAACGCCAGCCGAGCACUGAAUGUGGCCAAAAUAGCUGCCGACUUGAAGGAUAUGGGUUAUCCGGAUAGGCAAGAUAAAAUCGGAGAGCUGAAUGGCAGAUGUCAAUCGAUCUAUGGUGAGAAAAUUACUGUGAUGAAUUAUUUGGAAUGCCUUGCAAUUGGACCUGGUGCUGUUAGGGAGAUCAUACCGAUGCUAAAGAAAAGGGAGAAAGAUUUUUUCAGCAAAAAUCAUUGCAGUGGAGUGAGGAUUUGAACACAAACAUUGU